AUGUCUCAUAAUGGCGCAGGAGUGUCAGAAGUGACUGUCAGAGUUCCCAUGAACAUUGCCCUUGUCAAGUAUUGGGGAAAACGAGAUGAGCAGUUGAUUCUACCAUUGAAUGACUCAAUUUCACUCACAGUCGAUAAACUGACAGCCGAGACGACAGUUCGAAUGAUUCAAGUGGUUGGAGAGAAUACGGUGGAAAUAAAUGGUCGUCGCGUGGAGUUGAGCUCAAAUAAGCGAUACCAAACGGUAUUUGAUGAAGCACUCCGGCUGCAAAGAAAGCGAAAAGAAGACUUGAAUAAAAACGAAAAUAAAUGCAUCACCCAUCACUUCGAGGUCAUAUCCAAAACCAACUUCCCAGUGGCUGCUGGUCUGGCUUCGUCAGCAGCUGGAUUCGCAGCCAUCGCUCGAGCUAUACAGAAAAUUCUGAAUCUGAAUGACACGCAAGCCAAUCGACUGGCUAGAAUUGGAUCUGGUAGUGCGUGUAGAAGUAUGUUUGGAGGACUUGUGCACUGGAAAAAAGGAGAAAAAGAAGAUGGAUCCGAUUGUGUAGCCGUGAAAACGGAGUCAGAAAACUGGCCGGAUCUCUACUGUAUCAUUCUGGUUUUCAAUGAUGAACGGAAGAAAGUGGGAUCUAGUGAAGGGAUGAGAAGAACUCGUGAAACAUCAACACUUCUCAAACACCGUAUUGAGUAUGUGGUUCCCGAGAGAAUCGAGCAAGUCAAGAAGGCGUAUGAAUCGAGAAAUUUCCAAGAUCUGGCACGUGUCAUCAUGGCUGACAGUAAUCAGUUUCAUGCAGUUUGUCUGGACUCUAUACCGCCCAUCCGAUACCUGAAUGAAUCUUCUUGGAGACUUAUUGAACUCGUUGAGAAGUUCAAUCAGCAAGAAGUGAAAGCUGCAUACACUUUUGAUGCUGGACCGAAUGCAUGUGUUAUAGUUCAAAAAUAUGACGUUCCUGCAUUCAUUAGAACACUUCUUCAAGACAUCAUCAUCCCAUCAGAAGAUUUGAAAUCCGUCGAAGAAGAACUCAAAGUCUCAUUUGAUUGUCCUAGCGAAAGCAAUAGCCCUAUUUUGUGCUCCAAACUGAUUGUGAGCCCCAUGGGUGGUGGACCAGCAGACUCUUGA